AUGAGCGAAGAGGUGAGAACGAAAAUCCCACUCGAUUAAUCAAAGCAUUACGCCAAGUCUUGGUAAAAAUCCCAAGAGGAGUUGGAUGCUUAUGAUGACUUGCAAAGAAGAAAGAUCAACUAUCAAGUCCCCGAGUACGUUCAGAAUAAUGAACUCAUUAACUUCGGUCUAUCAUCUCACGAAGUCACUGAAUGGCAAAUUCAAUGGACUCCAAAGGCUGAGAGAGAUCUCGCCAUCUUGAGAAGCUGGUUCAAGAAAGAAAACAUGAACGAUAUUGUUACUAGACCAGUCUACAGAUCAGACUUCAACUGGACUAACUACGCCAGCAGAGCUCAAGUUAGAUGCGCUCUCGGACUCCUAGUCAUCAGAGAACUUCCCAUUAAGAACUUCUACGUGAGAUGCUGGCUCGCCUACGCCUGGGGCGCUUACUUCAUCGUUAGAGGUCUUGGCAGAGGUCUUUUCUCAAACAGACCAAUUAUUCUGUAUAACAAUGCCUUCAACGCAAAGACAUUGGUAAACUACCCAGACUUGUUCUUCUAUACUUGUACAAGAAUCUUGCCAAAGAACCCACCCGUCCCAGACGCUCACAGAGAGUGGAGAUCCAGACAGACUCCAGUCUACCAUCAAUAUCACAGAACCACCUAUAGAUACAGAAACAGAAAGCCAAGAUACAUUCCAUGGGAUGGAAGUUAGAACCAACCAGUCAUGCCAUACAUGAUCGACAUCGGCACAGACGUUAUCAACGGUACCUUCAAGAGAAACUGCAACACUGUCGCUCAGCUCAGAUGA